UGAAAUUCAUAUACCUUUUACUGGAGCUCACAGUGAGAAAAUUACUGUUUUAUAAACUCAAGAUGGCGUCAACUGGAUAUACGCGUUCAUUAUUGUUGGAUGAUUUAGGCUUCCCUGAAAGUCUACUAGAUGUUUUCGAGCGUAAGAUUCAUUGAUAUUCAAAUAAAUAAACCCUUCUCUAUAAAAUGUUUCAAUUUUCAGAGUGCGGGAUCGGAUUAUUCGAAUUAAUAACCUUCUCGAUUGAAGAGUUACAGUGUCAUUUGCAGCAAACGGAUGCUGAUUGGAAAAUUGAGGUUAUUUUUGAAGCUAUAAGUUCCUGGCGAAAAAGAAAUAAAUCAGCGAUCCUCAGUGCAUUAACCAGCAACGAACUUCCCGGAAAUGGAGGAGCAAACGAACCCUGUGAGUCAAGUGGAAGCGUGCUGAAUACACAUGCACUUGAAAGAGAGCAGCGAGGCUUAUUACUUACACCCGUCAAUGAAUCGACCGAUUCGGGAAUUGUGUCUACAAAAACAGUAGGCUGUGUACCCCUUGAAAUAAGAAGUCAGAUUGACUCUGAUUCAUUAUGUACCGGAAAUGAGUCCUCAAAAAUACUGGACGAACUUGAGCUGCUAGAUGUAAGCCAGAGCACGCCAUCAGUGUCGUCGAAUGGCGAGGCGGAACUAGCGACUGCUAGUGUUUCAGCUAGUUUUAAUGACGGGAUCGAAACGAACGAAACCGAGCGUAGACAGGAAAAACAAAACAACGAGGAACACCCACCAUAUUCAUCUGAUACUGUGUUUUCUCCAAGCAUUUUAGCAGCGCUCUUGAAAAAUUCAGAGGAAGGGAAAGAUAUUUUGCGUAGAUCAACACUUGGCGAACUGAGCGAGGCCAAACAACUGGCAUUAGCUGGUAUUAUCGCAAAAUAUCAUCUGGCGACUAAGGAUCAACUUCGCGUGGAUGAUUUGGAGAGAUAUGCUUUGGCUAUAACUACAAUCUUUAAAUCGGAACGCAAGGUAUAA